AUGAAGAUAUUGAAUCUAUCGUCAAAUAAAAUUGCGAAGAUACCAGAUUCAUUGUGUGCAUUAGAACAGUUGACAGAACUUUACAUGGAGUAUAAUGCAUUGACUGCUAUACCAGAUGAGAUUGGUAAAUUGAAGAGUUUGAAUAUAUUGAAACUAAAUAACAAUAAAAUUGCGAAGAUACCAGAUUCACUGUGUGCAUUAGAACAGUUAACAGAACUUUACAUGGGAUCUGAUGCAUUGACUGCUAUACCAGAUGCGAUUGGUAAAUUGAAGAGUAUGAAGAUAUUGAAACUAGAUGAAAAUGAAAUUGAGAAGAUACCAGAUUCACUGUGUGCAUUAGAACAGUUGACAGAACUUAACAUGAAGUACAAUGCAUUGACUGCUAUACCAGAUGAGAUUGGUAAAUUGAAGAGUAUGAAGAUAUUGAAUCUAAGGUCAAAUAAAUUUGCGAAGAUACCAGAUUCAUUGUGUGCAUUAGAACAGUUGACAGAACUUAACAUGAAGUCUAAUGCAUUGACAUCUAUACCAGAUGAGAUUAGUAAAUUGAAGAGUAUGAAGACAUUGAAUCUAUCAGCCAAUACAAUUGAGAAGAUACCAGAUUCAUUGUGUGCAUUAGAACAGUUGACAGAACUUAACAUGAAGUACAAUGCAUUGACUGCUAUACCAGACGAGAUUGGUAAAUUGAAGA